UUCUGACUGAUAGAGAAGAGAAAUAAACUCUGGAGGUGUAUUGUGGAGGUACAGUGGUAAUGUCUCCACCUUUACACCAUGCAGGCCUAGCUUCAAGUUCAACUUGCUUCAGAGGUGUGUCUUCAACUGUCUGAACGUCUGUUACACGCAGUAGGAUGGAACAACAAUUGGCCCAUUUGUUAACACAUAUUUUGUGUUGUUGGAUGAAAAGUUGGAAAGUACACCACCCGCAUUUUGUGAGAAGAAGCAGAAAGAUACUGUCUUUGUUUCUGAAAUCAACACAGAAUCCUGCUGAAACUCUUAAAGUCUGGCAACAUUUAUGAAGAGAGAAAGAGUCCUCAGAACUAAGAACAAGCAGUUUUGAAGAAGUCAUAUUGGACUUAAAAAACAUUGACUCCGCAGAUGUAGCCAGAUUGACUGAGUUUCUCCUGCGUUCUCUGUUUAUUUCAAAAACAGACACCGUACUUGAAUUUAUAAUCCAUGAGAUUCCUCUCGUUCUAUCUUUCACAGUUCAGCCUUUAAUUCUAGAUCUCGCACCAAUGGAUCAUUUAUCAUGAGUUAACAAGAUGUAGAACUGGAUUAACAUAGCAGGCCAGUACUGCAAUUAAUUUUCAAAUCUUUUCUCUUAUGGCGGUAAAAUAUUAGCAUUAUCACCCGACCAGCCAAGACGUCAACAUUUAAAGUUUUAACAUGGAGUUCCGAACCUCUGAAGUUGCUUGUUCAGCCACUUGAAAUAUCCGUUACGGAUUGGUGGGGAUACUUAACGUAAAUUGCGGAUGCUGCAAAACUGAAAUGAAGCCCGAUAGCAAAAGAUCUGAUUCAAAAGUUGCGAAUGGAAUGCCUAGAUCUGAAAGAUUAACUGUGCUUCGCUCUUCUGCCAAAAACUGCUGAAUAUAUCUUGCAUAGUCUGGUUUUAAAUCAGCAAUGAAACGCCGGCGCUUAACUCGAAGCCUCCAAUAUGCUAUGCUUCCAGAAUCUGCGAUAUUUUGCUUUUAUUUCACCUGAAAUACCACCUUGUCUGUUCGUGCUACAGAUGCCUGCUGAACGUUUCCAACAUCUUGAAAUUUUCUUUGAAAAAACUUAAUGCAGUCUAAAUCCCGGUGAAUGACCACUACCAAACCAAAACAGAAAGAUGGGGAUGCUGGAAAAGUAGGUGGGAAACGUGAAAGCCGUUUCCUGACCUGGCGAAGUUUUGCAGCAUUUUAGGACUACAAAUCCCGUGAUGCUUUCCUGCCGGCCGCGCAAGAAGACACGUGCGUACUGAGACCCGGACGGCGCACCGAUGUGACGCAUGCGCAGUGAUUAGUCUCCAGUGGCGGGCUGCAUGAGUGAAGUGAAGGAGGUGGAGGGAGGCCUCGUUUUUACACCAUGGUGGCUAAAAGAAGACUGUCUAAGUCUGCCGAUGAGCACGAUGAGGCCAAUGCUAAAGAUUUAUCAAGGGCAAAGAAGAGCAAAAUUGGUGGGAGAAAACGAACUACAUCUGUUCAGGAAGGAGAGGUGGAUGAUGACACCAUAUUUGUUCAGUUGCUAAAAUCAGCUGGAAUGAUUCUGAAACAUGGAAACCAACCAAAUAAACUAAGUUUGGACCAAGCAGUUUUUCAAAAGAAGCUUUGUCAAGCUUUACGGAAGCAUCCACGUUAUCCUAAUGUUGUGCAGGAGUUUGUAAGUGGCUUAGAGUCACACAUCGAAGGCAGGGACAAGUUCAGAAACUGCCUCUUACCCUGUGGGCAAUCUCAAGAGGGCGAAUCAAGUAACAACUUGAACUAUCAGGAAAGCCUCAUAAAGCUGCUUCUUGGGAUUGAGAUUCUGCAGCCUUCUGUUAUGAACACAUUAUUUGAAAAAAUUCCUGAAUUUAUGUAUGAUGGUAUUCCAGAGGAUGGAAUUAACAUGCCACGACUCAUCAUCAGUCAGUUUAAAUGGUUAGACAGGAUCAUAGACAGUAAGGAUUUGACAAGUAAGAUUAUGCAGCUGAUUAGUGUUGCUUCUCUUGAAAUUCAGCGGGACAUCAUCACCAGCUUGCCAGAAAUUUUGGAAGACGCGCAACACAAUGAAAUUGCCAAAGAACUUAAUUCCUUGUUGCAGCAGAACACUCAGCUGACAGUGCCCAUCUUGGAUGCCCUCUCUAGCCUCAAUCUACAUGCUGAGCUAUUGAUAGAGGUGCGCCAUUCAGUUAUGUCGACCUUGUCUGCAGUGAAACUUGAUGAUCUCCCUGUAAUUGUCAAGUUCAUUUUCCAUGCCAUCACAACAGAAGAUGCUCUCGAGGUGAUUACAGAAUUGCGGAUGAAUCUAGAAUUGGAAUCUUGUGUGCUUCCUUCACAACUGCAGAUUGGCUGGGACAAGCAGAAACAGAAGAGUGUUACAGGAACUUUAGUGAAUCAAGAGAAUUGUGGUCACGACUGUGUUGCAAUCAUGUUUGAUGUUAUCAAAGCUGCAGUAAGGUUCCAGAAAGCAACAGCUGAGGCUUGGAUUAAGGCUAUUGAAGUGGUAGAUUCUGCUGCUGGACACAAGGUUAUCGAUCUGUUGGUUCUCCUAAUCCUCCAUACAACCAGUACAAACAACACCAAGAAACAAGUGGAGAAACUGUUACGUAGUAAAAUUCGCCUUGGCCACAUUGGGGAUCAGCUUUUGCAGGUUGCAUUCAGAAGUCAUGCUCUGGUUGUCCGUGAGUACUUUCCCUCUGUUCUGUCCUUGGCUCAGACUCUCUUGAGAUCCUCAGAUGUGACUGUGGUGUCAUUUGGCAGCCAAAUGUAUAAACAUGCAUUUAUGAUGUUUGAUUCCUACUGUCAGCAGGAAGUUGUUGGUGCACUGGUGACACACGUUUGUAGUGGUUUCACUACAGAGGUGGAUGUCUCACUUGACGUGCUUACGGACCUGGUUUCCCAGAAUUCGUCUACAAUGGCUGUUUAUGCUAUAUUUGUGAAGGGUAUCUUGGAUUACAUGGACAACUUGUCUCCACAACAGAUAAGGAAGCUGUUUUUUGUCCUGAGCACAUUGGCUUUUAGCAAAUGGCAGGAGGGCAGCCACAUUCAGGAUGACAUGCACAUUGUUAUUAGGAAGCAACUGUCUAGUACAAUAUCCAAAUACAAGCGAAUUGGAAUCAUUGGGGCAGUCAUGAUGAUGGGCUGCAUGGUUAAUGACAGAAGUAAAAUUGAACCCUCAUCAUCAGACGUGCCAUCCAUGACUAAAGAAUCCUUCAGGCAGGCCACUGCCCUGCUUGAAUUGGUACGGACCUGCAGUGAGCAGUCUCCAGAAGCUGCUGCUCUCUACUAUGAUGAAUUGGCUAACUUGGUGCAGAAAGGAAAGCUGGAUCCGCAAGUGCAGGAAUUGAUUGGCAGAAGUGUACUUGAUGAUUUUCAAGAGGACUUUGUUGUAGACCUGCUGCCAGAAACAAAUAGUGAAUGCCUGUUGCCACUGAAGCCAAUGUAUGAUCUGGAUGAAGAGGACACUGAAGGUGGGAUUGUUAUCAAUCUUCUACCACUCCUAUCCAAUAGCAUGAUUGGGAAUGACUUUGAAAAUGCAGCUGGCAAGCAAAAGAACAAGAAGUGUGUUUCUCCAGUAUAUCUUGCUUCCUUUUUCCGUCUACUGCGAUUCUGCGAAGAGGUGCAGCACAAUAGAAACUUGGAAGAGAUUGACGCUUUAUUAGGUUGUCCACUUUACCUGACUGACUUUGAAAUGGUGGAGAAGGUGGAGUCACUAUCCAAACAGGAGCGGGAACUUCUAUGCUCACUGCUGUUUCACGCUCUCAAUUGGUUCAGAGAGGUCGUGAAUGCAUUCUGUAAACAGCAGGACACUGAGAUGAAGGGCAAGGUACUUCUCCGGCUGCAGAACAUUACACAUUUACAGGUGUUACUGGAGAAGUGUUUGGCAGCAACACCUGGAUAUAUCCCUCCACUGGCAAACUUUGAUUUGGAGGUCACUGAGGUUCCUCUGACUACAUCUCAUGCAGCAACAACAACUAAGAAAGGAAAGAAAGAUCAAAAGGGUAAGAAGAAGCAGAAAUCUGAGGGUAACAAGAAUUCUUCCACAGACAGCUCUCAGACUGAGGAGCCUACAGAAGAAAGUCAAGUGCAAUCUGAAAGUACACAAGGGAAGGAAAACACAGAAGAUGGGAAGGUCUUUGUAAAUUUAUCCAAUUACAGAGCCUACUUUAGAGAACUGGAUACAGAUAUAUUCUUCGUCCUACAGUGUAGACUAGUAACCAAAUCCGUACUGGAGACUGAACUACGUACCAAGGCCACUGAAGUUGUGCAGCUGAGGUCAGCUGAACUAAUGUUUCUUCUGGAGGACCUAGCUCGUAAAUUAGACUACAUGUUGGUUGCAACUGCUGCAAAAAAAGUGCUCUUCUUAAAGGUCAAAGGUGAUCGAGAUGUCGGAUUUUCACACUUGCGCCAAAUGACUCCACAAGAACUUGCUCAGAUUGCUGUAGAAUUGCUCAACCCCUUAUGUAACCAUUUGGAAAAUGUUCACAAUUACUUCCAGGUGAUGAUGGCUGAGAACAAUGGUGUUGUGGACGUUCUGGGAACAGAUGUAAAAGAGCAUCAGCAGAUGGCUGUAUGCUAUCAGUUACUACUUCACAUCCUCAAUACGCUGUUUGCUUGGUCUGGAUUUGCCCAGCAUGAAAACCGUAAACUACUGAGGUUAGCACUUGGCGUCCUAGCAAACAAACUUAAAGAGGGAGAUGGUGAAAUGCAAAUGGAGGAUCUUGUCAGGCAGAGUUUUCGAUACCUGCAGAAUUUCCAGAGCAGCAUUCCCCGCUGUAUUUCUGCAGUGAACCUUACCCAGCUUCUUAUUUGCAUAGCAGAGAAAUCUCUAGAUAACCAGAACAAGGAGAAAAUAGCAUCAAUUACACGAGGUUUCUUGUGCCAAUCUUGGGUUUUGCCCAGUGGGGAAAAAGAGAAAGGCAAUAAAUACAAUGAAGCUCUUGAAACCCUCCUAUGUAUUUACCUGAAGCAUACAGAUGACGUGCUGAAGUCUGUGGAGGAAAUUGCUGGUGUGGGUGUACCCGAGCUGUUGAAUUCGACUAAGGAUGGGAGCUCAAAUACAUUUCCAACACUUUCCAGGCAAACAUUCGUGAUCUUCUACCGAGUAAUGAUGAGUGAAUUGGAUAGGUCUGUAAAGGGUAUUCCAGCUGGCAUGCAGUCUGAUUCAACUGAGGUACAGAUAGAGAAACUGCUGCGAUGGAAUGUAGCUGUGCGAGAUUUCCAUAUCCUCGUAAAUCUUGUAAAGGUGUUUGACAGCAGGCCUAUCUUGGGUGUGUGUCUCAAGCAUGGACGCCUUUUCAUUGAAUCGUUUCUUAAGCAAGGCAUGCCACUCCUCGACUACAGCUUCAAGAAACACAGGGGGGAUGUUCAGAGUUUGUUGAAGACCUUACAGCUGAGUACUCGUCAGCUCCACCAUAUGUGUGGACAUACCAAGCUCAACCAGGAUACUAAUCUGACCAAUCAUGUCCCACCGCUGAAGAAGUUGUUGGAAAUAUUUGUAUAUCGAGUUAAAGCAAUGUUGACUAUCAAUAAGUGCCAAGAAGCAUUCUGGCUAGGAAACCUCAAAAACAGAGAUCUGCAGGGAGAGGAGAUCUUGUCCCAAGUAUCCCAACAAGAGAGUGGGGGUGAUGAAGAAUCAGAGUUACCUGAAGAUGAUGCAGAGGAGGAGUCUGAGGAUGAGUUGGAUGGUCGUGAGUCAGAUACAAGGAAAACUAAAAGGGAUGACGAUGAAGGAAGUACUGAAGUCUCUGACAGUGAUUAGGUUGGUCCUGAUGCCUUAUCAAAACCUAGGGUAAAGAAUAGCCAGUUCUACCUGUCAUACAGUUCAUGAUGUAAAUUAUGCAAAACAAAAGUCUGGCAUUGUCCAGGACAAUAGAAUUUACCAAACUACUUAAGUGAACUUGGGGAGUUACUAUAGUUGCAAAAUCAUAUAAUACAGCUUGAAAAGGAGCUGCAAUUCCUAGAAAGCUUUAUGAUAUUUAUAAUGCUGUUUUGUUCCAUAUACGUACAGCUUUUUUCCUUUACCUACAGCAUUUUGCAUUUAUUUUACCAGUCAUGCUUGUGCCAUCAAUUUUGUGAUUGUAUUUUUUAAAUGCAAAUUUCAAUGUUAAUGUGACAAAGGGAGCAGAACACUGGUCAUGGGGAACAUAUGCAGUAACAUGAAUUAGUAAAUCUGUAUUCCAGUUCCGCAUUCUUUGCAUUGAUCUCUCAACUCUCUCAAUACGGACAAUAGGCUAAUGAAUGCCUGAAGUUCUCACAAAGGACAGAAUAACUGAAAGAAAAGUCAUUCCAACUGUGUUCAUUCACUAGCUGUCCCCACAGGCUGAGAGGGAGAGAGGGAGCAGGUACUGUAUCCUGCUUACUCUUUCUAACAUAGCUAGUAAGGCAGUAUAAUCUACAUAAAUUUGAUUUAAUCAUGAACACACCAACUCUCAGUGAGCUCUGCAACUUGCCAUUUGUGUGCAAUGAUCAUUCCUUAGAAUCCCUCAAAACAACAUUAAAGAAUCAGUAAUUUAUGUCUGUUUAAAAAAUACAGUGCAGCUGCUGAUUUUGUCAGCCAGAGCACAUUACUUAGCACUAUUGGCCAAUGGCUUUGAACUGUGGAAAGACCAGUCAAAGGCACGGUCUUCCCUUUCAAAUAGCAUAGUUUUAUUAAUUCCUACCACUUGUGACCUGACAUUAUGCCAGAUAAAAUGGAUCAACAUAAAUCUUCAACAUUUAGGUGAAACUACUUGUGAAUUUUUUUCUACAUCUGAACUUAGAUUGUAAGUUUUAUGAGGCAUUGUUACAGGGCCAAGGUUGAGGCAAUCUAACUUGUAAAAUUUACAAGAGGAGGUCUUUGAGACCUGCUGGUCCAAGUAUGAACAGGAUUUGUUUAUUGUCCAUUAAUUUUUUAUCCUUAAUUUAAAAUCAAUUGAUUUCAAAUAAUCUGAUUAAUUAAAACGUUUGACAGUAAAUUUAACUUAGUUUUGUUAGCGAGUUUUAGUUUUGUUAUUUACAUCCUAUGAUUUAAAAUUAUUAGCAUUUUCUCUGCCCACAAACUAAAUUAAUAGACUAAAGACAAUGUAAUGAUAUGUUCGUGGUGAAGUCAUGUUGCUGCUACGUUGUCAUCAAACAGUAUAUCUGAUAUUGUUGUUAUUUUCAUAGACUUGAAAAUGUUCAUUUGAUCUGAAUUGAAGUUCAGAGGUUACUUUAGGCAGACAUAUUACAGGGUAUAGGUGCUUAGAAAGGGAAGUUGAUGACAUUUUUCAAUGAGGGAUUCCAAUGUAGUACAUUAAAGCUGAAUUGCACACCAAGACUGGUGAUGCUGUUAGGACUAGGUUUGUUUCUGCGCCUAGAUGGGAAAUGGCUCUGAAAUUUCACUGCACUGCCCUAUGUGUCUUAUCAAAAUAUAAGAACAAUUGCUUAUGAUAAAGUCCUGCAGUCACAUUUUGGUUCUGAUUGUGUGGGCAAUGAGAUCCAGUUGUAAACUGUUUUUUGCUAAAAGGUUAUGCUGCUGUAUAAGUAUUA